AUGCCCAAGGACGAUUUGAUGGCGUUGUUUCUCGAACGUGAGAACUCCCAGUACAAGAAUAACUGCGCAGUCGGAAAACCCAUUCACGAACUAGCACAAGCGUUCACUGUCACUGAACAAGAAAGACCAAAACUAUUGCGGUUUGCAAGAGGGGGCGGACCAGAUCUCACUGACCUUCGAGGUUAUUACAUCGAGACCGACGAACCUGCCGACUAUUUCGAUUACGAAGAAUCCACUAGCGAAAUGGGCAUCCCAGAGAAACCACAGAGACGCCCAAGCGGUGCAUCCAAGCCAGAUUUUCUGCGUAAAUGCAUUAGAUACAGAAUCUACCCACGAACACACACGACUCCGAAGAGAGACUUUACACCUGAGCCUAAGAAUAUUGAUUUAAUAUUCGAAAUAUUGAAACGGAAACCAGAUGAUGACUCUGUUGGUGAUGCGGAGUAUAAGAAUUUCAAGAAGGUCACCGCUCAGGCUAUAUCAGAGCUUGCUGUGAUUAAAAACGUGGCCCCUCUGCUUAUGGGCAGUAGUGAGAUCAACAAUAUGUGGAAUAUCCCAUUCCUCAACUUGGAUACCAUGACCGAAGGCGAGCUAUCCGCCCCUCAGCCAGAUAUGUGCGAUGGUGUCCUGCCCGAAAGAGUGGAGGAUAUGGUGAGGGAUGAGUUGGACACAGUUAUUGCGCCGAGUGGAGAUGCCGAGGCCCUGCUCGCGACAAACUUUUUCUUCCAAGUUAAGGGCCCAAAAGGGAAAUUCGGUAUUGUUCAGAAGCAGGUGACGCUUGAUGGGGCCUAUGGCGCAAGGAUGAUGCAUGCUCUGCAGAACUUUGGUAAAGAAACUCCGGAAUUCGAUGAUAACGCGUACACUUUCAGUGCUACCUACAUCGAAGGGAUGCUUUCUCUCUAUGCACACCAUGUUGCAGCGCCGACUAUUCACACCAAGAACCACCCGGGAUAUCACAUCACCCUUCUAAGAGGCUUUCAACUACUCGACAAAUGGGCUUUUGCGGACGGAGUAUAUGCUUUCAGAGCCCUGAGAAAGCUUGCUCAAAAACAUCAGGACCACAUCGACGGAGCUACUCCGAAGGCGCAGGUCAUUUUAUGUGCUGAUGAAGGAUGCCGCUACUUCUGA